GAUUACAGUAAUCCUGUCCACUACACAUAGACAUUGCACACAUGUCAUUCGAGCACAACUGAAGAAGAAGAUGGAGGUCACUGCUCGUUGUGGUGCUCUGCUGUUCCUCCUGCUUUUGUCUCAGGCCUUGAUCACUGUUCAUUCACAGGAGGAGGAGGAAGCCGUGCAGGAGGAAGAGCUGCAGGAGGAGCAGGAGGAGCAGCAGGUGAUCGAGACGUGGACGAGCGAUGUCAAAGCCUGCAGCUGUGACUGCGAAUCUGCCGAUUCGCCCACGCAGGUGCCUACUUCCAUCUCACCUGCUACCGCACUGCCACUUCUACCACUUUCUGAGCAUCCAAUGAAAUGCAUGCCAGAAUGCCCAUACCACAGAGCCCUGGGGUUUGAAUCUGGCUCUGUAGAAUCAGAGCAGAUCAGCUGCUCUAAUCAGGAAGUGUACACUGGCUGGUACUCUUCCUGGAUCCCCAAUAAGGCUCGUCUUAACAACCAAGGAUUUGGAUGUGCAUGGCUGUCCAAGUUCAAUGACCAGCACCAGUGGAUCCAGAUUGACCUAAAGCAAGUGGAUGUGGUGUCUGGCAUCCUCACCCAAGGACGCUGCGAUGCUGAUGAGUGGAUCACUAAAUACAGCAUCCAGUAUCGCACUGUGGAGACUCUCAAUUGGAUCUAUUACAAAGACCAGACAGGAAACAACAGAGUCUUCUACGGGAACUCUGAUCGGACCUCCACAGUACAGAAUCUUCUGCGCCCACCCAUUGUGGCUCGUUACAUCCGCCUGCUUCCCCUGGGCUGGCACACCCGCAUCGGCAUGAGGAUGGAGCUGCUGAUGUGCAUGAACAAGUGCACCUAAAAUGAACUCUGCUGCGUUUUCCACACCACCCAUCCUCCCCCCUGCCAACCUGCCUCUGGCAGAGAAAGGAGACCAUUGUUCCAGCACUGAAACAUCCAUUGUGUUGCACAUGACCUCGAACAUGCCUGAGUCUCUUUGGUGAGGCUCGAAGGAAAAUACAGCCGGGCGGGUGGACAUAUUUGGUGCUCUUUAAUGACCAGUUUAUCUGUAUUGAAGUAAAGAAAAAAAAUAUAUAUUGUAUUAAUACAUUUUGUUUGUUGGAGAUCCCAGCUCCAAACACCACCUGAAGCCUCGUCACCUUCACAUCAAAGAGAGUAAAACUAACAAAAAAAGAAUAUGAUGACUUAUUCAUAAACUUUCUGAAUCUGAGACGAACACUGCUUCAGAGAAAUAAAAGAUUUAACAGUUCAGUCAAAUCAAAUAAUUUGUUUUAUUGUAGAUUUACCGUUACAUCUGUAAACAUGAAUAUUCUAAAACCGUUAAGCAUUCAUUGAUUUAUGGGUUUCAUAUUCUCAUGGAAAUGCUCCAAUGGGAGGAAAAGAAAAGUUCAUUAACACGGACUUUGCUACCAAUUUGUGUCUCCAACAAAAGUACAAACUUAAUACUUGAUUUCAUUUAAACAGGUGAUAAACUUUUUUUUUUUUUUUAUAAAUAUUACCAAACAUUUAGUCACACGUCAGUAUUAAUAUAAUACAUGGUGCUCCUUCAGCAAAAGAAUAAUCGAGAGAGAGAAACGUACUGUGGCGAGUACAGAGAGUGCACAGUUCUUACAGAUGCACAAUGAACAACACGGCACGGUCACGUCUGGCCUCGGUGUGUUCCUGUCUCGGUCUUCACAUGUUACACACACGACAAACAUGAAGGGAGGAAGAAUUUACAGUCAGGGCAAUAUAUUGCUGAGCCACCAAGUCUCUUCAAAGUGCAACGUUAAUAGGGUUACUAUUAUUAUUUUUUCUGCCAAGCUACUCUCCUGGCAAUUUUUUUUUUCAACAGAUGUUGUGUGACUGAAAUAAAGGGAAAAAAAUGUUCUCAAGUGGUUAACUAUGGUUAAAACACAGCAGUGCAGCAGUUCCCAACCAGGUAUAUCACCCAACCCAUUAAAGGAAUCUGCUGCACUGAAGCUGAACUUAAAAAAUAGGAAAGAAAAAAAAAAACAAACAAACAUCCAAUUAAAGUCAGGAGAAUUAAACUGAAAAAUGUUUCGCAACUGAAAGAGAGAGAACAGGGACACAGAAUGGAGAUAGAUGAGGAAAUUUCACGUUAAACGAAAAUGGGAAAAUAAGCUACAGGAAUUAAAAAACUGAGGUAGCAAAUAUGUAAAUAGCAGGCUGAUGACAAAAAAAAAUCCAACAACAAACAAAACAAAAUGAAACUGAUGAAGAACCCAAAUAGUUUCCUAAGAUCUCAUCAGAAAUUUAAAAAGCUGAAAAUAAGCACGCAAAUUAAAAAAGCUGAAAUAAGCACACAAGAAAAGUUUUUAAAGGCCAAAAGUAAUAAAUACAUUAUUGAAAUGAAAAAACAGAGAGUUGAAUAAAAACACAGUGAAAAGCAGGGAAUGAACAUUUGCAAUAACUAAAAGAUAAUAGUUGAUAGUUUUAGCUAAUAGUGAUAGCUAAAACCUAACUAAUGUUAGUUCAGAGUUAAUAAAUUAAUAAUGAAGUAACUGAAAUAAAUUGGUGAAGUUAACAUUAUACUUGCAUACAAUUAGAAGCAACAACAAGUAUUCAGAUGAACACGGUUAUGGGUGGUGAUUGAGGAGGGCUUGCACUCCACUCAGAGUGUUUUGGGACUGUGUCAGAUUUAAAAAAGAAAAAAAGAAGUAAUUUUAACAGCCCUGAUGGAUGAAUGGGUGGAUGGAUGGGAGUUAUUACACCAGUACACCCAGAAUGGCUUUUUUGUUCCUCUAGCUGCAGUAAAAAAUAUUUCCAAACAACAACGAAGAAAAAAAAAAAAAAAUUUUAAUGAGAUUUUUACAGCAGUAAUUUUGUGGGUAUUUCUGCAUUUUUGUAGCCGAUUAUAGUAGAACCACUUGGAAAGAUGCUCAUAUGAAACAGAGCAAAAGCUAAGACUUGUUAGGGAGCAUAGUCGUCAGAGAAACGGCCACAUCCUUCAGCAUCAGCUUUGGAUGCUGCUUGCCAUUAACUGGAUCGAAGUAUUAGGAA